GUUGCUUCAGCAGAUGUCUCGCCGCACCGAGGUCAUCAUUUCCGCAAAGUGCACCCAUAUCGAUAGAUUGUAGACCUAAUGUAUCAGAGAAUUACAGUAAUAAUACCGAGGUAGCCUCCGCGCGGCUGGCACAAUCACUCACACGUCCACCGUGGCGUGUGUGCCACGAUCAGACCAGGAAAUCACGAUCGGCCCAUCAAAGUUUAAUCCUAUCUCGAAACACGAUAAGUAGCAUUUUAAAUUAAUUAGCAGGAAGUAAUCGCGUAAUCAAUUAAUCUACGCGAUUAAGGAUUAUUCUUUGUUAGAAUUUCGCUUGAAACUGUCGUGUUUUGAAUUAAAAUGGUGAUUAAAAAGAUUUGCUGUUUGGGAGCGGGAUACGUCGGCGGGCCUACCUGCAGCGUUAUAGCUCUUAAAUGCCCGGACAUCAAAGUGACUGUGUGCGACAAAAGUAUAGAUCGUAUAAACCAGUGGAAUUCGGAGAAAUUACCAAUAUAUGAGCCUGGGUUAGACGACGUCGUGAAGGAAUGCAGAGGGCGGAAUCUAUUCUUUUCUACGGACAUAGCGACCAGUAUCCAGGAAGCCGAUCUGAUAUUCAUCUCUGUCAACACUCCUACGAAGACUAUAGGUAAUGGAAAAGGUCGCGCAGCGGAUUUGAGGUAUAUAGAAGGGGCUGCGCGUAUGAUUGCGGAUAUAGCCACUAGUAAUAAGAUAGUGGUCGAAAAAAGCACUGUACCGGUGAAAGCUGCGGAGAUCAUCAUGAAAAUAUUACGCGCGAACACCAAACCUGGCGUCAACUACCAAAUACUGUCUAAUCCGGAGUUCCUGGCUGAAGGUACGGCUAUAGUCGACUUGGUGGAAGCUGACCGAGUCCUGAUUGGUGGAGAGGACACACCCGAUGGCCAGCGAGCUGUGCAGGAGCUAUGCUGGGUGUACGAGCACUGGAUACCCGCUAAAAACAUCCUGACAACCAACACUUGGAGUUCCGAGCUGUCUAAACUUGCCGCUAACGCUUUUCUUGCUCAAAGAAUCUCUAGUAUCAACUCCCUGACAGCUGUCUGUGAAGCUACCGGGGCUGACGUGUCAGAGGUAGCCAGGGCCGUCGGUAGAGACUCCCGAAUCGGUCCCAAGUUCCUAGAAGCCUCCGUCGGCUUUGGAGGCAGCUGCUUUCAAAAAGACAUCCUCAAUCUAAUCUAUUUAUGUGAAUGUCUAAACUUACCAGAAGUAGCUGCUUAUUGGCAGCAGGUUAUCAGCUUGAAUGAUUACCAGAAGACCAGAUUCACUCGGAAAGUUAUCGAAUCACUCUUCAAUACAGUUUCAGAUAAAAAGAUAGCUAUACUUGGCUUCUCAUUUAAGAAAAACACUGGUGACACUAGAGAGUCUCCCGCUAUUCUUGUUUCUACGACAUUAUUAGAUGAGGGAGCCAAACUGCACAUCUAUGAUCCGAAAGUAGAGAAAGAGCAGAUGCUAUAUGAACUAACGCAUCCAUCUGUAACAUCUGAUCCUGAAUCGGUAAAGAAGAAUGUAGAAAUUCACGACUCAGCGUACUCGGCGGUCUCGGGAGCGCAUGCUAUAGUGCUCUGUACAGAAUGGGAUGAGUUUAAAGAGCUGGAUUAUAAGAAGAUAUUCGAUGUGAUGAUGAAGCCAGCGUACUUGUUUGACGGAAGGAAGAUCCUGGACCAUGACGCGCUGCUGGAGAUAGGGUUCCACGUUCAGACUAUCGGGAAAAGGCUGUCGCGGUCGAGCAGCAUCCGGGCGCAGGGCAGCCAGACUUCAUAGAAGUAUCGUCACAAAUAACAAAAAUAUGAGAUUGAAGCUACAGAGGAUAUUACGCGUCC